AAAGAGAGAGAGAGAGAGAGAGAGAGAGAGAGAGAGAGAGAGAGAGAGAGAGAGAGAGAGAGAAAGAGAGAGAGAGAGAGAGAGAGAGAGAGAGAGAGAGAGAGAGAGAGAGAGAAAGAAAGAGAGAGAGAGAGAGACGCGCUAUGAAAGGAGAGAUAGUUAUUUGAUCUGCGAGUUUGAUGGCUCUGAGCACCCACAAGUAGGAACCCAGGCCCGAAAUAAAAACAGAAGAAGCUCCUUUUAUCCUUCAUAUUCUCUGAUCUGGCGCUGAAGACGACACAAUGAGGGAAAGCAUCGUCCGGAUGUGCUGCAGAGGAAUCUACAGCUGCCACUGGAAGCAUCCGAGUAACGACAAGAGACGGUUCACAUGCUGCUGGUUCUUCUUUGUCUCUCUGAUGGCCGUUCUGGCUCUGGGAUGGAUGUACGUGUGUUUCGUGGCUUAUAAUGACCACAAUGAUGUGAACUGGGAGGCUUUUCGGACGUUCAGUCUGUGGGUGAACUGGUACAUGAUCAUGAUCAUCAUGUACGCAGUAUUAACCAUAUACUGCCUUCUACUUUUGCUUUUCUCAUUGUUCCAGUUUGCCAUUAAAGAACCAUUGGAUUUACACUGGCUGCAUAAGGUGUUGCUGUUCCUGGGUCUGAUUAUAGUCGUUCUGGGGAUUGUAAUGAUGGCCUGUAAAUGGAAGCAAGAAUGGAGCACUGUUCGUUUAUCACUGCAGACCACCGCCCCGUUUCUACAGUUGGCUGCAGUUGGGUCUUUGACUAUGAUCAGCUGGCUGGUGUUCAAGAGUUUCAACCGAACUAAGAAAGCGGCAUCGAGAGUCUUCAUACUUAUAGCAUUACUUACAGUCUCCACUGGGAUUUACCUCAGCCCCCUACUGAUUGAAUCUCCGUGCCUUAUUGACGAUCUUCCCCCGAAACCCGCCCUCCUUGGGCACCGUGGUGCUCCUCUGCUGGCUCCAGAAAAUACAAUGAUGUCCUUCAGGAAAAGUAUGGAAUGCGGUGUUGCAGCAUUCGAGACGGACGUGCAGCUCAGUAAAGACUCAAAGCCCUUUCUUAUGCACGACCACGGGAACAAAAAUCUGAGGAGGACGACGAACGUGGACACUGUGUUUCCAAACCGAUCAAACGACACGAGCAGUAACUUCACAUGGGAGGAGCUGCAGAUGUUAAACGCAGGCGAUUGGUUUGUCAAGACAGACCCGUUUUGGUCAGUUUCCUCACUUUCAGAGGAGGAGAGGGCACUCGCUCGUAAUCAGACAGUGCCGCUGCUCAGUGAUCUCCUAAACCUCGCCAGUCAACACGGCAUCUCCAUCAUCUUUGACUUGAAGAAUGACUAUGAAGACUGUAAUCAUACAGUGAGGACCAUUCUGGAAUCUGGCAUCCCGCAGGAUCUGAUCUGGUGGCUUCCUGACGCAUGUAGAGAGUAUGUCAAAAAACAAGCUAAAGGUUUCCGUCAAGUCUACAGCAAUGUGACCAAGAUGAAACAGAACAACGGGAAAUUUUUAAACCUGUACUACGAGAGUGCUGCAGAAAUCAGAAACCUGCGGAACGAGAACGUCUCCAUUAAUCUCUGGGGGGUACACGAGCGCUGGCUCUUCUCUCUGGUGUGGUGUAUGGGGGCCACCUCAGUGACCACUAACACCUGCCACGUCUUCAAAGACAUGUCCCGGCCUGACUGGCAUCUGAAACCUUGUUAUUACCGUAUCAUGUGGAUUACUGCAGACUCUGUGUCAUUCUUAUUGAUGGUCAUACUGUUUGUUGUGCAAAGGAGAAGGAAGUCAAGGAACCGGAUUUUUCGUUUGGAACCAGAAAAAACUAUACCUCUCCUUCCCCUGUAAUUAGCCUUUAAAGGUCACUAAAGCACUCUUUAAUUGUAUGCACUCGCAGGGCUCAAACUUUUGACUGUAAAUUGCAGAAAACAACAAACAGCAUCCCACACAAUGUGAAAGUAGCCUACACUGAAAUAUGCUGCUUAACAAUAAUACUAAUAUCCGCAAUACUAAUAAUAAUAAUAAUACCCACCACAGGGUUUACGUUUUAAUGCCAGUGCCCAUCCAGCUCUCUAAUACACUUAUAUGAUAUGCCAAAUGUCAUGGGACUAAAACUUGUAUUGUAUCCUAUGACUUCUGCUAAGUCCCAUAGAAGUUAAAGAAUGGCUGCAUUAAAUGCGGAGGUGAUUUCUGCCAGAAUCACUGCUGCCUUGCCAUGAGCACGUCGGCUAGUGUUCAAUCAAUGUCACUCACAAGAUAACACCUCACAGCUUAUACAGGUGCGUGCAUUAUUAGACUAUAUACUCUGUGUUAAAACUUCAUAAUCCGUUGAUUACUAUGACUAUAAAAAUGCAGUAAUGCAUUAUUGUAAUAAACAUAUGUACAGUACCAGUCAAAAGUUUGGACACACCUUAUUCAAUUCAAAAAAAAUCUUUAUUUCUUUAUUUGAUGUAUUUUCUACAUUGUAGAUUAAUAUUAAACACAUGAAAACAAUUAAGGGACAUAGAUUUAGAAUUAUGUAGUAAACAGUAACAACAAUGUUAUUCCUCCACAUUAAUCCCCUGAUCUAAACCUGAUGAACUGAGAUGGUGGUUUGAGGUGAUUUAAUUGGGAUGAGCUGGAGCUUCACAGCGUGAAGGAAAAGCAGCAACUAUUGUUCAGCACCUCCAGGAACUCCUUCCUUCAAGACGCUGAGAAAACUAUUCCAGGUGACUCUCCCUCAUGAAGACACUGAGAUUAAAAUACCAAGAGUCUGCAGAUCUGUCCUCAAAGAUACAUGUAUUAAACAUAUUAUGUUUUUUACUAAAUAAUUCAGCAUGUGUUUUUGGAUAGCUUUAAUAUAAUCUUCAAUGUUAAUUUCAAAAUGUAAAAAAAAAAUCAUAAAAAGAAAAAAAAACACAUUGAAUGAAAAGAGAUGUGUCCAAACUUUUAACAGGUGCUAUAUAUAAAGAUGUGUUUUUUUUAUUAAUGGCUGGAGGUAAAAUAAGUUCCUUGCAAAAGCUGUUCCCUGAUUGGGCUUUUGACCCGUUUUGAUGUGACCCAGUGACUUUCAAUAGAAAUGCUGUUCCAGUUCCAGUUUAAAUACCGGUUGUUACUUUUACUUCUUUGAGAAUUAGUGCAUUCUCAUAUUUCGCUCUGAAAGGCCGGUUCCUCCACACCCAGGUUAAUCUCAGCUUCACACAUUUUUAGCGAUGAUUCAUCGCUGGCAGCCUGAUUAGUCCUCAGUGUUCUGGAAUUUCAUAAUCGUUAUUCAUUUAUGUAUUGUUGCGCUCUACUGAACUGAAAGUUCCUUAUUCCUUAAAGCUAACUGAAUGUUGAUUUAGGGUCAGUUAUUUUGUGUAUAGUUCCUUUUGGGAUGGUGAUUAUUGAUUUGUUAUUUGUGUGAUUCUGUUUUGAGAAAAUAAUUGAAUUAAAAAAAAAACUUAUAGAAUGAAAUAAAUUAAUUUUAAUCUAAAAACUUAUUUUAAAAAAUGUGAAAAAAAACUAGUAGACUAGUAGUAGUUAACUGUGAAUACAUUUGUCAUUGUGUGUGUGUGUGUGUAUAUGUACAGUAUAUACAGCAUUUAUUUGUUUUGUUAUUUUUGUAUUUUCUUUUUCUUUGCUGAUUUUAACUCUAAACUGGGGGAGUUUGGGGUCAUAUAGAGUCACUAUUAGCUGUGUCCUGAAGUCUAGGCUGCAGUCGAGGUUUGGAAAGGGAAUCACAGGGAAUCUCCCGAUACGAUAUUAUCAUGAUAUACAGCCACGAUAACUAUAUCGCAAGAUAAUUCUCUAUAAUACUUAAUUCCGUCUGUGUUACUGAGGAGGAUAAAAUACUCCUAAAUAAUCAAAUACCAGGAAUUAUGAAUUCAUUGGUGUCAGUUUCACAGAAUUGAACAAACGGUAUUCUUCACCGCAGGUUUAUUAACCCUAUUCAUUUGAUUGUAAUGCCUUCAUUUGGAGUAACUUCAUGUAGCAGUAACUUUAGUAAGUCUAAUUGAGGGGCGAGACUUUAGAGCAUGUAUUUUUAUUAAAAAUAUCUAUAUUUAGGGCUCUCAGUGGUCCAGCGGAUUAAGGCGCUGCCACUAUGAUCAGAAGAUUUGAAUCCGGUUUGAAUCCUGUUCAUGUAGCUUGCCAUCAGCUGCCAAAGCCCUGAGAGAGAACAAUUGGCCUUACUCUCUCUGGUUCGGGUAGAGGGCGCUCUUUCCCCCCCAUCACUCCUAGGGUGAUGUCGAUCAGCACAAUGUAUCUGUGAGCUGAUGUAUCAGAACAGAGUUGCUGCACUUUCCUCCAAGCGCACUGUGAUGCUACUCGGUAAUGCUGCAUCAACAGCAGCUUGAAAAGAGGCGGUGGCUGACUUCACAUGUGUCGGAGGAGGCAUGUGCUAGUCUUCACCCUCCUGGUGUUGGGGCAUCACUAGUUAUGGGGGAAUCCUUAUGAGUGUGUUGGGUAAUUGGCCGUGUAAAUUGGAAGAAAAUGGGCAUCUCUUGUAAUUGUGGUGUGAACUUGUGUUCUUUUUCAUUUCGGUAAAGAAAUAAAUUACUGAAAGCAUAAUUUUCCACAAUUUUUUACAGGGCUUGUAUCCUUUAGCUGUAUAAUACAAAUUAACAUUUUAAACUACAGAGCUUUGUUGGCUUGAAAGUGUGCAGAGAACUGUGGGUAACUUAGGACUGGGAAGGAUACAUCAGUUGCGCCCUGAGAAUCAUUCCAAUGUUGGCUGAAUUUCUCAACUGUUCUUAAUUUCGAAACAGCCACAAACCCUUACGUUGAAAUUCUUUUCAGGGUGGUUCAUUGCAGCCAUGUUCCAAGAGGUGAUGUUUUUUGAAUGUAAGGGCAUAUUGUCUAGCACUGUUUCCAAAGUGCAAGAAAUGCUGAUUGUAUCCCUUGAUGCCCAAACUCGAUCUCACUUAGAAGGCCAUGUCAUGAUUCAGUCUCUGUAUCUAAAUCAGAUAUGAGCCUUUAGCUGCGUUAUCACUACCUUUUUACCCCAAAAAACCCCAGAAAACUAGAUUACUAAACUUGGAUUCAGACAUGACUAGGUGCCUUCUUGCCUCAGAAUCCUGCAAACUCAUUUGCAACCUAAAUGAAAAUUAGCUUCAAAGAACAUCUUUGGCAUUUUUUUCCAACAUAUUUUUUAACAAUAUAGUCUGUUUAAUGAGGUUCUAUGAAGCAGAUUCUAGGCUGAGAAAUCAGCCUACCUCAGCUAUGGCCUAGACUUCAGGAUGCAGCUAAUUCUUUUUUUUUUUUUUUUAAAGAGUAGUAAACUUUGUACAUUUGGUGCAGUUUGCGUUUAACCAGCACUUGGAUUCUUUGUUUUCUUGUUUUUCUUUUUUUCUUCUGGUUGUUGUACAUUGUAAAUUGAGUAAGCAAGUAGGGCUUUGUAUCUGUUAAAACUCAUGCAAUAUGUAUCACGAUACAGGGGUCACAAUACUGUAACACAACGUAUUGCAAUUGUUUAAAACUGUCAAAGUAUGAAACAUACUACCAUACAUAUAAAAUCUAAGUACAAAAAACAUUACUUCUCAUGUUAUCAGAACAGUGGGUUCUAUCGACACAGUAAAACAGUGCCCCCUAGUGGGCGGGGUUUAAUCACAACUCUAAAUGAACCACUUCUGACACCAAUCUUUACAUAUAAACUUGUAGUUAAAUUUUGAUACUGUGUUUUUGACAAUCGAUAUCGAUUCAAAGCAAAUUAUCACAGUAUUUUGAUAUAUCGAUAUUUUCUUACACUCCUAUAAGCCAGUAAACUGCAUUUGAGCCUUUUCUAUAUUUUUGGACUGUAUAUAUUGUAUGAAUUCUGGCACACAGUGCCUUGUAUCUUUGUGGGUUUUUUUUUCAGUUUUUAAUUCAUUUGACUGUGAUUUGAAUGUAGCAGCUGUGAUUUACAGUAUUGUGCAAAAGUUUUAGGCACUUGUGGGAAUUUCAGUAAAGAAAAAGCUUCUUAUCUGUGCAGUAAGUGUUUAUUAGCUCAGUAAAACACAUUACAACAUUACAAUAAACACAAACAGCAAUUUUACAAAAAGCAGUUUUUACAGCACUGUUUUCCUCAAAACAUCUCCUAAUCUCUCCUCCUCAUCUGAGUUCUCAUCAUAUUAAGCAACACCUGGUUUGGUAAAUUACUGGUAAAUGUGGUGAAUCAGGUGAGCUGCUGAUGGAACUGAACAUAAUAUACACCUGCUGGCUGAGGAGAAAUCUGUAAUCUCUACACUUUGUUCUUCAGCUCGGCUCACAGGAUAUAACAUACUUAUAGUUAAAAAUGAGAAUUCCUUGUCAUGUUUUACUGUAUUUGUGUUCAUUUGCAUCUGUUUAAAUCAUAUGUGGUGCUUUUUUCAGGUAAAAACCCUCAUAUUGCUGAGAUAAAUAGAUUAGUGUAAUUUGCUUUGGUGCCUAAAACUUUUGCACAGUACUGUAUAUUUUGUCAAAAUGAUAAAUGAGCCAACAGACAUUGCUCAAAAUGAAUUUGAAUACAUUUUUUUAAACUGACGUCCAAUAAAAGUUAAGAAAGUUGCCGUUUUUGAGAUUAGAGUGUAUUAGUGCAACAGCAGUAAUCAAUAAGAUUAAGUGUAUAUAUAAAAAAGUGAUGUAUUUUGACAGUAACCUGUAUUUUAUUACAACUUUCAUUUCUGUCUGUGUGAAACUGUAACUCUUUUGUACUAAUAGUAACUCUUUUGUAACCGUCAGGCUGACGGGUAGGAGAUUGAUUGGUUGUGAUAACGCUGUUCUUCAGCUGAUGCUGAAUGACUGGAAUUUCAGAAAGUUGAUUUUGGCAAGAUCUCUAGAUUCUUCCUUGAAGAUGUACAUUGUAAUAAACCCUCGGGAGUCUGUUGGUGCUUCUUUGAAACAAAUUAAAAUCUCUGGCAUUUAUUUUCA